GCGAGACUUAACUUGUCAUUCGCAAAAUCACAGAAGAGUUCAUUAAUACUAUACUGUCCAUUCUAAGAGCUAGAAACCAACCAAAAAACAAAAACAAAAAAAAAAAAGAGAAGAAAAGAGAAGAGAAGAGCUUCAUUUCUUAUCCAUGGCGUAUCAUACAGUACAGUUUUCUACUUCACUCUCGAUUUGCACUAGUUUUAUCAGCAGAUCACCAGCAUUAUCAUUAUAUCCAGCUGCUCCAUUUCCAAUGUCGUCAAUUCAAAGACUAAGAAGUACUACUGGAGUACUUGAUUCUUCUCGAGUUCAAUGCGUGGCCGAUAAUUCUAAACAAGUUUCCAAUAUUAAUGGUGAAAAUAUUGCUCGACGAUCUGCAAACUACCAACCUCCUCUUUGGAAGUUCGACUACGUGCAGUCACUUGGAACUCAAUACACGAGGGAAUCUUUUUAUGCUGAACGAGUCGAGAACCUCAAGGAAGAGGUAAGAGAGAUUCUUAAAACGCUGGAAGGUGAUCAUAUAGCGCAACUUGAGCAUAUAGACAUCUUGCAGAGACUUGGAAUAUCUUAUCACUUUGAGGCUGAAAUACAGAGUGUGUUGGAGGAAAUAUACACAAAUUACAAUAAUAUGUACUCCAAGAAGAACAUGAAUCUAUAUGCCACAGCUCUUGAAUUUAGAAUCCUACGUCAACAUGGAUAUCGAAUUCCUCAAGAAGUCUUCAAUGCUUUUCGGGAUGAGAAGACGGGGAAAUUCAGUACUGAUGAUCAUACCAUGGCAGCAAUGCUAUCUUUAUAUGUGUAAUGACUGAGAAAAUUCCAGACCUUAAAUAAUACAAUUCAUGUAUUUUUAAGCCAA